CAGCGAGUGGUCUCCACCUCCAGCUAGUGCUGCUGCGGCGUCCCGCGGCCUCCCCGAGAAUCAGGCGGGAGGGGAGAGCGGGUGUGGAUUGGUCUUGACGAACUAAGGUUCCAGAUGGCAAAUUCUAUGAAUGGCAGAAACCCUGGUGGUCGAGGAGGAAACCCCCGAAAAGGACGGAUUUUGGGUAUUAUUGAUGCUAUUCAGGAUGCAGUUGGACCUCCUAAGCAAGCAGCAGCGGAUCGCAGGACUGUGGAGAAAACUUGGAAACUCAUGGACAAAGUGGUCAGACUGUGCCAAAAUCCCAAGCUUCAGUUGAAAAAUAGCCCACCAUAUAUACUUGAUAUUUUACCUGAUACAUAUCAGCAUUUGCGACUUAUAUUGAGUAAAUAUGAUGACAACCAGAAACUUGCCCAACUCAGUGAGAAUGAAUAUUUUAAAAUCUACAUCGAUAGUCUGAUGAAAAAGUCAAAGCGGGCAAUAAGACUCUUUAAAGAAGGCAAGGAGAGGAUGUAUGAAGAGCAGUCACAGGACAGGUAAGAAUGUUUCCGCUUUUAUUGUUUUCGAUGGUAAAGUCAUAAUUUCCAUGGCUUUUUGCAUCACAGCAUUAAUGUCACCAUGUUUUUGUUUCAGAAGAAAUAUUGCAUUUGUAGAUUUGCU